AUGAGCUCCUACGCUGAGAAGAAGAGAAAACUCCAGGAAGAAGAAGAAAAGGCAAAGGCUGUGGUGUCUGUAAUCGUGCAGUUCCAAACGGCUGAUGGAGAGCGUAAGGGUCCUCAGAUCGAUAUCCCAAGUAACUCUACACCUUCUCAGUUGGAGGAGUUACUAAAUGAACUCCUUGAGUCCGAAGAGACGGUUCCAUUCGCCUUUUACAUAGAUAAAUCUGAAAUAUCGAGUUCUGUAAAUGAACUUACCUUUGUUGCAGAUUCUUCACUCUGA